AUGCAUAUCUCGAGAUCACGGCCUGUUGUGCAUAUCAAGUGCUGCUAUCUGAAUCGCAGCUUUCCAACGUCACAUCGCAUGCGAUUCUCGAACACAAGCUUUACCGCACGGCAGGUCCAAACAAUAUCUCACUUCACAUUAUACCCAACGUCAGCUAUGCGUUCCUUGAGUUUUCUGCUCGCACUCCUCUUUGCUUGCGCGGCGACUUCCUACGCCUGGCCUAGUGUUAACUUUCCACCUCUCGAGCCUCGCAGGCAUGGAAACGAUACCGAGUCUAACGGUACGGAGCGCGCCCUUAAAAAGUCAUGUCGAAAAAUACGCAACCUCGCUGUCCUCUCCGGGCUUGCAAGUAACCAGACGAAAUUGGAUGCAUGGGUCGCAGAGGGCAGGCUCAACACCGCCGAAGUCGACGCCAUUAAGGCAAAGGCCGCAAACGCUACGACGGAAUUGCAGUCUUUGCAGACCAACACCACACUCGUCGGUGAAUGUACCGUUGUGAACGCUGAGCGCGAGAGUGUCAAGCAGUGCAAGCAGAUGAUGAAGUUGGCUAAAUUGGCUUCGCUGGCAGGGAAUGAUACUGCCACGGCUGCUUUCGAGCAGAAGAAGGGUCUGAACGAGACGGGUAUCGAGAACCUGAAGGCGAAAAUUGCAGAGGCUUCGACUAAGCUGCAAGAGAUGCAGUCCAACACCACUCUCACGAGCUUCUGUACUCAGCGACAGCAGCAGAACGGCGACGCUUCGGAUGCUGAUGAUACGGCUGCAGGCUCAGUUCAGCAGGCCAGCGGUGGCGCAGCAGGUCUUACUGCGCAAACCAUUACCUAUAUACUUGCAUCGGCGCUGGCCGCGGUCUUCACCUUGUUCCUCUAG